AUGAGCGAGACUACUCUUCUCCCGGGCGUCAGCAACAGCGACCUCAAGCGCUUCGCCGUCUGCUGGCUCAACAGCCCCCAUACCGACGUAAGUCCCGCAGGAGCCUCCAAGCUCCAUCACCAAGAACUCUCGCUAACUCGCUCCGCGCAGUGCAACUGGGACAACGCCGCCGCCAUGUACGACCCCAAGGUCAAAGUCGCCUCCUUCAAGACCGUCACCAGCAAAGCCGCCGCCAAAGCCAUCAAGGCCCUCGAGGAAGGCGGUGCUACUUUCGCCGCCGCCGCCGCCCCCAAGAAGGCUGCGGCCGGCGGUGGCAAGAAGCGCAAGGCGGCGGACGAGGAUGGCGAGGAGGCUCCGAAGAAGAAGGGUAAGGGCGGGGUCGGCCGCAAGAAGAAGGCUACAUCUGAGGAGAAGGUCGACGAGGCCGAGGAGGCUGAUGGCGAUGCUCCGAUCCAGGGUGAGGAGGAUGACGAGGAUGGCAUGCUGGCUUGA